ACGCGGGGAUAUCUCGGGUUGAGAUUGAACGAAAGCAACAACGACGUCACUGUGACAAUCCACACCGCGAGGCCGGGAAUAGUGAUCGGUCGCGGUGGGCAGCGCGUAGAAGAGCUCCGCAAGGACCUUGAGCGCAUCAUCAAGACGCGGCAGUGCAUAACUGCAGGAGAUACGUCAGCCGGAGUUGGACGCCUUCCUGGUUGCGCGAAACGUCGCAGACCAGCUGGAACGCAGGAUCGCGUUCCGACGGGCCAUCAGGCAGACGCUCGGACGCACGAUGCAGGCGGGGGCCGAGGGUAUAAAGAUCCUCUGCUCCGGCAGGCUCGGCGGCGCCGACAUAGCCAGAUCGGAGAAGGCGAUGGAGGGGCGUGUUCCGCUCCAUACGCUGAGGGCAGACAUAGAUUACGGACUUGCCGAGGCGGCGACGGACUUCGGACGCAUCGGAGUCAAAGUGUGGAUCUACAAGGGGGACAUACUCCCUGA